CCCUGACAGGCUGACACUGAACAGGAGACGAGAGCAAUAUUAAAGUCUUUUGUGUCAUUCUCCAUUACCGAAAGCAAAACCGAAAACCCUCCCAAAAUCUCCCUUCCCUAUUUCUUGAUUGCCAAACCAAAAAUGUUUGGAUAAUUAGGAGUCACGCUAUUUUCUUUACAUGGGAAAAUCAUCUUCACAGCUGAUCAGAAGGCGCCGGGAGCUUAAGAAUAACGACGACGAUAACAGUAACAAAGCCAAGAAGACGAAGACGACGGCGAUGGAGCCCGAUGAAGGAGGCGAUACGGAGGACCAGCCGCGCCUCCCGCUUUCAGAGGUUGUUUCCGAUUGUACAGAGCGCUGGUUUCAAGACACGCUCAAGGAGGCCAAAGCUGGUGAUGUCAACAUGCAGGUGCUUGUGGGCCAGAUGUAUUAUAGUGGGUAUGGUGUUCCCAAAGACGCUGACAAGGGAAAAUUUUGGAUGAACAGGGCUUCAAGAAUGAGGUCUUCAGUAUGGAAAUUAAGCCAUAAACGUCCUGGUUACAAUGCGAGUGAUUCAGAUUCAGAGUCUGAUGAGUUAGCCGGUGAUUCUUGAUCACUUUCUGCUAUAAAAUAGAAGAACCUGCAUUUAUUGUUGAAUGGGGGCUGAGAUUGCCUCUUUGCACCUUUUUAUCCAUAUAUGAUAUAGCAUGCCAAUCUGCACGUUUUGCAGGGUCCUAGAUGAUUUUCGAAUUUGCCUGAGGUAAAUUGCUCAUAUGAUCUUGUACGUCUGGUGUUGGCUUGUGGAGAUCCUUGAUUCAUGGGAGCUAAUAUACUUUUCAUUCUUGAAGAUACCCUUUGUGUAAAUGUUCUUUGCCAUGGAGCAUUUGUUACAAGUUUCUGUUCGUGGAGAUCAAAAUUAGAUGCUUCUGUGAGCAAAUAUGUGUAGUUGUUAGAUGGAAUGUUGUGAUUACAUGUGAUUGAAUGGAACAGUUUUGGGGCACAAUUUGUUUUUCCUUAUCUGAAUAUGAAAACAAUAAUUAUAUAUA